AUGGAUCUCAUCUUCAUUGAUGAAAAGGUUUCUAUUAUAACUGUUCCUGGGAAAGAUUUGUGGCACAUGAGAGCGAGGAUCUUCCGAAAAUGGAAUCAAUGUUAUAAAAUGGAUCUCAUCUUCAUUGAUGAAAAGGUAGAUGUUGCUGGAUUUGUUAUUUGGUGUGGAGGUCUUGAAUUCGUUGGCCGACCUUCAAAAGACACUAAUAGUAUGAAAAGCGAUAUUCAAGAGUUAGAAUAUAUGAUGCAAAAGUACUUGGAUGCUAUGGCAAUUUGCAAGUCUGUUGGAUAUCUCGAUUUACUCAUAACGGUGACUUGUAAUCCCAACUGGCCUGAGAUUUGUAGGUGUUUGCAUGAUAAAGCUCUUAAUGCUGAAGACAAACCGGAUAUUAUCUCUAGAUUAUUCAAGUGUAAAUUGGAUCAUCUUAUAAAAGAUUUCAAGAAAGAUAAAUUCUUUGGUGAUAUACAAGCAGUAGUAUUUCAGAAGCGUGGACUCCCACAUGCUCACAUAUGUUUGUUCUUGAGUGCUGAAAGCAAAUUUUCAACUGCAUCUGAUAUUGAUUGUGUUAUUAGUGCUGAGAUAUCAGAUAAAGAAAGAGAUCCUGAAUUAUAUGAGUUUGUCAAGCAAUUUAUGAUUCAUGGACCAUGUGGUACAGACAACCCACUUUGUCCAUGUAUGGUUCAGCAAAAAUGUUCUAAAAAGUUUCCCAAAAAAUAUGUAGAUGAGACUUGUGUUGAUUCUGAAGGAUAUACUGUCUAUCGUCGUCGUCAAACAAGUAAUACAGUAGUAAAGAAUGGUGUGGCACUUGAUAAUAGGUUUGUAGUUCCUUACAAUACUCUCCUGCUCAGAAAGUAUCAGUGCCAAAUUAACGUUGAAUGGUGCAACCAGUCAGGUUCUAUCAAAUAUUUGUUUAAAUAUAUUAAUAAGGGGCCUGAUAGAGUCACGACUUCUGUUUUUCAAUCCAGUAGCACCAACAAUGAUACGCAGCAGAAUGUAGCUGUAGAUGAGAUAAAAGCAUACCUUGAUUGUAGAUAUAUCUCUGCUUGUGAAGCUGCUUGGAGAAUAUUCAUGUAUAAUAUACAUUAUAGAUAUCUAGUUGUUGAAAGUAUUGUGUAUAACGAUCAUGAUAAUUUGUAUGAUAUUGUUAAUGAUCCAACUCUGAAAAUGACAAUGUUCACAGAGUGGAUGAAUUGUAACAAAGUCGAUGAAUUUGCCAGGACAUUGAAGUAUGUUCAGUUUCCGGGAUAUUAUGUAUGGAAAGCUAAAAAUCGGAAAUGGAAUCGAAGAAAGCAUCUGUAUGGAUCAGUUGGGAGGAUACAUUAUGUCCCACCAUCACUUUGUGAUUGUUAUUACCUAAGGAUUUUACUGGACCAUAUUAGGGGACCAACCUGUUUUGAAGAUAUAAAAACAGUUGAUGGACAGGUUUUUGAAACAUUUAAAGAUGCAUGUUUUGCACGGGGACUGUUGGAUGAUGAUAAGGAAUAUGUUAAUGCCGUCAAAGAAGCUAGCACAUGGUCAACCAGAGAUUUCUUGUGA